CAGCGUCUAAAUCCUGCUCUAAGCCUUCUGGCCGCUGUCUUCUCCCUGGAAAAGGCGACGGUCGGACUACACACAUCGAUCACCGACACCACUUCAGCUCUUCUACCAUGGCAUACGUCGUCCCGCUCUCCUGCCCUUCGGCUUCCCUCUACAAACCCUCUAUCUGUUCCGUCUCUGCUUCCCCUCGAUUCCUCCAGAAGCGGCGAUUUGUCGUGCCCUCGGCCAUUUCCUCCAUCUCGCCGCCCAGCUCUUCUUCCGAUUCAAUUGUCGAGUCGCUGAAGGAGGCUGUCGGGCACUUGCAGAGCGCCAAAUGGAAGGACCUCUGGAGCAUCAACAGCUGGGUCGUCCUUGAUUACGAUCGGCUCGUUAGAACAGUCAAUCAGCUCGAGUUCCUAAUUAAAAGUCUUACCGAUGAACAGCUUAGAGCAAAGACUGUUGAGUUCCGCCAACGGUUGAGCCAAGGAGAAACUCUUGCCGAUAUCCAAGCAGAAGCAUUUGCUGUUGUUCGGGAAGCUGCUAGAAGAAAGCUUGGUAUGCGACAUUAUGAUGUUCAGAUUAUUGGUGGAGCGGUGCUUCAUGAUGGGUGCAUAGCUGAGAUGAAAACUGGUGAAGGAAAGACACUUGUUUCAACACUUGCUGCAUAUCUAAAUGCACUUACGGGAAACGGAGUUCAUGUGGUGACUGUUAAUGACUACUUGGCUCAGCGUGAUGCUGAGUGGAUGGGAAGCAUUCAUCGUUUCCUUGGUCUUUCUGUGGGUCUCAUACAGGCAGGGAUGAAAGCAGAUGAAAGGAGAUCCAACUACAGUUGUGACAUUACAUACACUAAUAAUUCAGAACUUGGAUUUGACUACCUCCGUGACAAUCUUUCAGGAAAUAGAAGGCAACUAGUUAUGCGAUGGCCAAGGCCUUUUCAUUAUGCAAUUGUUGACGAAGUUGAUUCAGUUCUUAUUGAUGAGGGAAGGAAUCCAUUAUUAAUUAGUGGUGAGGAUAGGAAAGAUGCUGCCAGAUAUCCGGUCGCUUCAAAAGUUGCUGAACUGCUUGAACGAGGCAUCCAUUACAAUGUUGAGUUAAAAGACAAUUCAGUGGAUUUGACUGAGGAAGGAGUUGCUCUUGCUGAAAUGGCUCUUGAAACAAAUGACUUGUGGGAUGACAAGGAUUCAUGGGCAAGAUUUGUGAUGAAUGCUUUAAAGGCUAAAGAAUUUUACCGGAGAGAUGUGCAAUACAUUGUUAGGAAUGGAAGAGCAUUAAUUAUAAAUGAGCUUACAGGGAGGGUCGAAGAGAAACGCAGGUGGUCUGAAGGUAUUCAUCAAGCAGUUGAGGCAAAAGAGGGUCUGAAAAUCCAGGCUGAUUCAGUUGUUGUCGCUCAGAUAACAUACCAAUCACUCUUUAAGCUCUAUCCUAAGCUUUCAGGGAUGACUGGAACUGCUAAAACUGAAGAGAAAGAGUUCUUGAAAAUGUUUCAGAUGCCAGUCAUUGAAGUUCCUACAAAUUUACCCAACAUUCGAUGUGAUUUACCUAUUCAAGCUUUUGCUACUGCACGUGGGAAAUGGGACUAUGCGAGGGCAGAAGUUGAAUCAAUGUAUCAAUUGGGUCGCCCUGUAUUAGUUGGAACAACUAGUGUUGAGAAUUCUGAAUAUCUAUCUGAUCUUCUUAAGGAACAAAAUAUUCCUCAUAAUGUUCUCAAUGCGAGGCCAAAGUAUGCUGCAAGGGAGGCAGAAAUUGUUGCCCAAGCUGGUAGAAAGUAUGCAAUUACCAUAUCUACUAACAUGGCAGGAAGAGGCACUGAUAUCAUCCUUGGUGGUAAUCCAAAGAUGCUAGCAAAAGAAAUUGUAGAGGAUAACUUGCUUCCUUUUAUGUCACAAGAGACUCCUAGUGGCAAAACUGAUAUGGAGCAACUAUCUGAACAGAGCUUCUCAAAAGUAAGAAUAGGACCCUCAUCGUUGGCUUUGGUUGCAAAGGCUGCUGUUAUCUCAAAGCAUUUGUGCAAAAGCAAGGGACGUGAUUGGUCAUAUAAGGCGGCACAAUCUAUUAUAUCAGAGUCCAUACAAAUGGGCCAAUCUCUUGGAAUAGCAGAACUGGAAAAACAGUUAGCUGAAGAUCCAACCAUAUAUCCCCUUAAUACUAUGAUAGGACUUGCUUAUCUCACUGUUUUGAAGGAUUGUGAAGCACAUUGUUUUAAUGAAGGACUUGAAGUCAAAAUGUUGGGUGGGCUUCAUGUGAUUGGGACAUCAUUACACGAGUCUCGCCGAAUAGAUAAUCAACUUCGUGGUAGAGCAGGGAGGCAAGGUGAUCCUGGAUCAACAAGGUUUAUGGUUAGCUUACAGGAUGAAAUGUUCCAGAAGUUUAAUUUUGAUACAGAGUGGGCCGUGAAACUUAUAUCAAAAAUAACAAACAAUGAGGAUAUACCGAUUGAAGGUCAAACUAUUGUAAAACAGCUUUUGGCCCUUCAAAUUAAUGCAGAGAAGUACUUCUUUGGCAUAAGAAAGAGCCUCGUGGAGUUUGAUGAAGUUUUGGAGGUCCAGAGGAAGCAUGUCUAUAAUCUUAGGCAAGUGAUAUUAUCUGGUGACUCUGAAAGCUGCACUGACCAAAUAUUCCAGUACAUGCAAGCAGUAGUUGAUGAAAUUGUCCUGGGAAAUAGUGAUCCAGAGAAGCAUCCUAGGAAUUGGAAUUUGGGAAUGCUCUUGGAUGAGUUUCUUCAAAUUGGCAGGAGCGUGUUGGCUGAAUCAUUUGCAAAGGUCGGGGAGGAGGAUCUACUGACAUCUCUUGAACAAAUUCAGAGGUUACAUGUAGUGGAUGUGGGGAGCUUUUCUCUUCCAAACUUGCCUUUACCUCCAAAUACUUUCAGAGGAAUCCGCAAGAAGAUUUCUUCAUUGAAACGUUGGCUUCGUAUCUGUACGGAUGAGACGACUAAGAAAGGAAGAUACCAAGUGACCAUUAAUCUUCUCCGCAAGUACUUAGGCGAGUUUUUGAUUGCUUCCUAUUUAGAAGUUGUACAAGAUUCUGGUUAUGAUGAUUCAUACAUUCAAGAAAUUGAGAGAGAAGUUAUAGUCAAGACAUUAGAUUCCUUCUGGAGGGACCAUUUGAUAAAUAUGAACAGGCUCAGCUCUGCGGUGAAUGUUCGGAGCUUCGGGCAUAGAAAUCCACUGGAAGAAUAUAAGAUCGAUGGGUGCCGUUUUUUCAUAUCAAUGCUCAGUGCAACUCGAAGAUUGACUGUAGAAUCAUUACUUAAUUAUUGGUCAUCUCCAAUGGAGGCUGAAGAAUUGUAUGCACCAUAGGAUUCAGACUCGUCGCUUACACUUUUCUCUCCCAGUAGAAUGUUCAUGUAUUUAAAGCUGUGAUGUCGGAUGCCAAAAGCUGCUACUCUUACACAGAAUCAUGAAGCUUUGGAUGUAACGAUCCUGUAUAUGUUAAAAAACUAAGACUGGGAGUGGCUGCUAUCAUUUUCUGUUUUUGAAUUCAAUUAAAGUGAAAGCAACCUCCAUUUGAAUUUUGAAUUGUAAUAUGUUUUGAUUUAGUAAGAGUUUAAUUGAGUACCUAGUUUAGUUCAUCUCAAUGUAUUAGCGAUCUUUCAAUUAGUAAAAUUUUUAGAUUUUUAUGA